CGGAGCGGAACCGCAGACGCUCCUACCACUUAAGCAAAACGUGCAUUCUGAAGAUAUUAUCGAUGUUCCACGGUGAAAACUAUUCUUCUACAUACAGGGGAAUCUUACUUUCACUUGAAAGGCUGUUGUGAGGAAGAGGGGUAACUAAAUCAGGCUGAAGGAUGAAGUCUAAAGGGAAGGCCGCUAAGUCAUCCAGAAAACCCUGGACCGGGCAAGACCUGGACCUUGAACCAGAGAACAGAGAACCAGGCACCAGCGAACAGGAGGGCUCUGAGGCCUCGGUCCGUAUUGGAGGCUCCUGGAGAGGCAUUCUGAGGGGCGGGGACCGCGAGCGAGGCGGAGGCGGUGGCACCAUCCACGGCCCCCACAGACACCGACGGUCUCACAACAGCAACAAAGAACGCAACGUCCGGCGGCUGGAGAGCAACGAGCGGGAGCGCCAGCGCAUGCACAAACUUAACAACGCCUUCCAGGCUCUUAGAGAGGCCAUUCCGCAUGUCAAAAUGGACAAGAAGCUCUCCAAGAUCGAGACGCUGACGUUGGCUGAGAACUACAUCAAGUCCCUGACCUCCAUCAUCCUGGGGAUUUCCAGCGCCCGCCUUCCCCCUGGUGAGACACCGACAGAGGCUAGCGCUGCCAGACUGCUCCAGUUUUACCAGCAGUACCUGGAGGAGGAUGGGGAUGAGAACCUGUCUCAGUUCCUCACCCAAAUCCACAGCUUCAGCCAGGAGAGCUAACAGCUAGCCUCAGUUCCUCACCCAGAUCAACAGCUUCAGCCAGGAGAGCUAACAGCUAGCCUCAGUUCCUCACCCAGAUCCACAGCUUCUGCCAGGAGAGCUAACAGCUAGCCUCAGUUCCUCACCCAGAUCCACAGCUUCUGCCAGGAGAGCUAACAUCUAGCCUCAGUUCCUCACCCAGAUCCACAGCUUCAGCCAGGAGAGCUAACAGCUAGCUUCAGUUCCUCACCCAGAUCCAC